AUGAUUUCAUUUCCUUGUAAUCCUUCCUCUCAAACUGAGAUUGAUUUCAACGCCGUCUUCUCAGUGAUUAUCGACACUAUCCGCCAUCACUGCCUGGAGGAGUAUCAGCUCCCCAUAGAAGUAUGGGAAUGGUUCGAAAAGUCUUUAAUCCACAAUACAACCGGCGGAAAGUGUAACCGCGGUUGCACAGUCGUCAACACAGCCCGGCUUUUGUUCGAUCGGUCCCUCACUCCCAAUGAAACCUUCCAGGCCUCCGUCCUCGGUUGGAUGGUGGAGCUCCUACAAGCGAUGAUGCUGGUUCUCGACGAUAUAAUGGACGCCUCCAUCACCCGCCGCGGCAAGUCCUGCUGGUACCGGGUGCCCGGAGUGGGGAUGAUGGCUGUCAACGACGCGGCGAUGCUCGAGAGCGCUAUCUACUUGUUGCUGAAACGGUAUUUUCGGGAUCAUCCAGCUUAUGUCGACAUUAUGGAACUACUCCACGAAACUACCCUCCAAAUCGAACUUGGCCAAACGUUCGACAUGCUCACCGCACCUCCAGCGUCUUCACAAACGAUUAAUGACCUCAAUCGCUUCACCCUAUCCAAGUACACCCAGAUAGUAACCUACAAAACGGCCUACUACACGUUUUACCUUCCCGUGGCCCUCGCCCUCCUUUACGCCAAUACUGCAACCCCCCAAAAUCUCAUCCAAGCCAAGUCUAUCCUGAUCCCAAUGGGUAAGUAUUUCCAAGCACAGGACGACUACUUGGAUGUGUUUGGAGAUCCAGCCGUUCUAGGCAAAAUUGGCACCGAUAUUCGCGAUAACAAAUGCUCGUGGUUGGUGAAUCAGGCUUUGCUAAGUUGUUCAGCGGAGCAGAGAACGGUCUUGGAGGAGAAUUACGGACGUGAUGAUGAGGUUUGUGAAAGGACUGUCAAGGAAUUGUAUGGUAUUUUGGGGUUGGAGGGUGUGUAUCGUGAGUUUGAGGAGCGGACGGUGGCGGAGUUGAGGCGGAAGAUUGCCCGCGUCGAUGAGAGUCAAGGCCUGAAAAUGGAAUUGUUCGAGACUUUGUUAGAGAGAAUUUAUCGGCGGGAGAAGUGA